UUUCAAUGGAAAAAAAUUAAAUUUUAAUGGUUUUUAUCCCGAUGAAAAACAUAGGUUACACAUUCGGAAUGCGCUCAACAAGCACCCCGUCGAACGCUCCAUCGAGCGAUACACGACCUCUCUCCUCCAAUACGUCGUCGUUGACGUCAAAGGAAUUCAUCAUGGGCCGCAUCAAAGAAAAUUUCGACCUGGAGACGCAGAGCUGUCUCGCGAAAGAUUGCAAUACAUCAUCUGAUGCUGAGGUCAACCGUGGCAAUUCCACUCAGCUGCAGUAUCAGCUACGUCGACUGAGGCGGCGAUGUGCUAAACUGGAGCGAAAAUUGCAGGAAAAGGAGGCUGAUAUUCAGGCCAUGCAAGAGCAGCAGCAGUUGCGAUUCCCACUGCUGGUGCACGAGACAAUGCGCAGUCUGCGCUCGCUAGAUAGCAGUAAAUCCGAGCAAAUAGCAAACCCGUCGGUUCUUUCCCAUUCUGUGAUAAGCAGCAUCGCGCAAGAUAGAAUAGAUACGGAUGCUCGCAUCCACGAGUACGAGCAGCAGAUUGCUGAGUUGUACGAAGAGAACCAGCAGGAAAAACUUAAGAACGAAAUGUUGAGCGAAUGCCUUCGCGAUCAAAAGCAUGCCAAGGCGAAGUUGAUGAAGGCUUGCAAACACGUUAAACAGGAGCUUCAAGCUAUGAAAGAUAGCGGAUUAAGUCAAAUGUUGGUGGAUAUUGAGGCGCGUUGUGACGCUUUGGAAAAGGAGAAAGCUCAGAUAACGAAAGAGCUUUUAACCGAGCGCGCUUUGCGUGCAGAGCAAGAAUCCCAGCAAAAGAUUACCUCUAAUCAACUUGAUGAUUUAGUUCUGGAAUCAACCAGAUGGGAAGAUAUUGUUACUAGAAAAAAUGAACAGCUACAACAGUCACGGGAUCAAAUAUGUGAGCAACAGCUGACGAUUGAGAACUUGAAAGCUGACUUGAAAGGUGUGGAGCAAACGUUUAGCCGUCCUCGUGAACUAUGUCGAGAAGAUGAACAAGAAGAGAUGGAGCAAUUAAAAUCGACUCUCAGCAUACAAAGGACAAAAAUUGAAGAGGUUCAACGAGAACUGCAACGGCAAAAAACUGAGAACGACUUUUUACGCCAUCGAUUGGCUUCCCUGCACGGAGAAAGGCAAUAUCUAGAUGAUAAUUCCUCGUGUGCAUCUACAGAAACAUACGAUAAGGUGCUGAUCCAGGUUCGGUUUAUAAAGAAGAGGCUGUGCGCACUAAGGGCACUGGUACAAACGUACGAAGAAACAAAUACCCUCGACAUCAACUUGCUCAGCGAAGAGGAGUUGUUUCGCAAAAAUUUUCCCGAUAACGAUACAGUCGCUGCUCGAUCAUGUAAAGAAUAUGCGAUGCAGCUUUCCGGGGGUAUCUUGGAAGCGGCUCGAUAUGUGUCAGAGCUGCAGCAGGUAGUUGAAGAUGCUUCUGCUCGAUUAUUGGGUAGUACUUGCGCGUUGCAGUAGUUGCGAGUGGGCUAUGCUGUGAAUGCCAUUAUCGCGUCUCACUUUAAUAUCGGGAUCAUAUCACCGGGAGCCAAAUUCAAACUACACGUAUGAUGCCCUAUAUCCUCUUGUGGACUCUCUUGCGCGUCCCCAUAUCCAUUACUUGAUCGUAGCAAUAUAAUUUCGAAGGCCUCAACCGAAAUUAUGCUUGAUAUUAAACAC